AUGCAGGACUUCAAAGAACGCAAGCUCGUCACCGACCCACAGAAGGCUUUCCACUACACCGAUCUCCAGAGGCUAAAGCCAACACGAGCCAAUGACCCAUACGACUACCAAGCCGGAUGGGGAAAUCGACACCAAUCUGAAGUGAUUCCAGGCACCCUUCCAGUGGCACAGAACAACCCUCAAGAAGUCCGGUUUGGCCUCUAUACCGAAGGCAUUACAUAUUCAGCAUUUGCGGCUCCCCGCGCACACAACUACAGCACUUACAUGUACCGCUGCCGGCCAGCGGCUGCUCACCAGGGAUAUAUUCCGUUUGAGACCAAGUCCAACAUCACAAACUGCUUCCUUUCUAUUAACCCAAAAGUCGAAACUCUUCCUGAGCAAGCCGAGUGGAGACCAUUCCCGUUGCCCAAGGAUGAUGAGAAGAUUGACUUUGUCGAUGGUCUGCACACCCUUGCUGGCAGCGGCGAUCCAAACAUUAGAGAGGGCAUUGCACUCUAUGUCUACAUGAUCAACUCCAGCAUGGACCGACGGGCAUUCUGCAACACUGACGGCGACUUCCUCAUAUGUGCCCAACAAGGCAAUCUUGAUAUCAAGACUGAGAUGGGAAAGAUCUUCCUUCAGCCAGGAGAAAUUUGCGUGAUUCAACGUGGUAUCAGAUUUUGUCUCAACCUCGCCUCGGAUACUCCGGUCGCCCGUGGGUACAUCACAGAAGUGUGGGGCUCUAUGUGGGAGCUCCCAGACCUUGGACCCCUUGGCGGCCAUGGACUGGCCAAUCCUCGCGACUUCCUCUACCCAGUAGCUGCCAUCGACGACGAACUACACGAGAACUGGCAAAUCGUAAACAAAACCAACGGCCAACUCGUAGCCAUCCAACAAGACCACAGCCCCUUCGACCUCGUAGCCUGGCACGGCAACGUCGUCCCCUACAAGUACGAUCUGACCAAAUUCUCCUCCCAGAACAGUACAUCAAUCGACCACACCGACCCCUCCAUCUUCACCGUCCUGACCGCCAAAUCGCGUGACCCCCUCACACCACUAUGUGACUUCCUCUGGUUUGGACCCCGCUGGGACGUAGCAACCAACACCUUCCGCCUCCCCUACUUCCACCGCAACUCGGCCUCCGAGUUCCUCGCCUGCAUAUACGGCAAAGGCCUCGGCCGCAGCGACGACUUCCAGCCCGGCGGCGGUAGCUUCGAGGGGAGCCAUACGCCGCAUGGUGGGUUCCAUGAGGGGUAUCAGCAUGGCAUGCGAAUUCAUGAGAGUAUGCCGGAGAAGAUAUUAAAUGACCAACUCACAAUAAUGAUUGAAUCCAGCCGUCUCUUCCUCUGGACCGAAUACGCUCGGAAAAACUGUGGUGUUAUCGAGACACAUGGUACGAAUUAUAAAGUCUGGGAUAAUCUACCUGACCGCUUCUCAUCCAACAAACGCGCCCAAGACCUCCUCGCGCGCAUCAAGCAAGACAAGAUCGCCGAAAAACAACGGCUUGCUCCUUACUAUUUCGGGGGUUUCGCGCAUGGUGCGAAUACGAAGGAUGAUGAUGGGGUACAUAGGGUGGAGUUUGAGGGGUACCUGGGCAAAGUGAAGGGUGUGAAUGGAAUUAAUGGUGUGAAAGCUUAA